AUGCUGACCCGCAGCGAGCAGGAGGUCAACAAGCUCACGGGCCAGCUGAACAGGACCGAGCAGCAGGCCCAGCAAGCCACGGUGAAGAAGAAUCGUGAUGGCGAGAAGGCGGAAGAAGGCAUUGGACGCAUUAGGCAGAAGCAUGGCAAAGUUGGCGGCGUCUUGCGAGAGAAAAUGGCAAAUGUUGGACAAGCUCGUGGACGCUUAGCCCACGUUCAGUUUGCCAUGGCCAUGUUGGAGAAAGGCGUCAUUGUUGCUGUUGGGGAAGACGCUGCCCCUGUGCAGUCGCCAGACAACACCAUGCUGAAUCCACAACAGCAGCGCCAACGCCGUGUUCGUGCACCACGUGCCGUGGACGAGGAUGGAAAUCCUGUGACAGAUGAGACUGAGGAGGGCGAGGAGAUGGAGACAGAGGAGGACUACGAAGAAACCGGAACUGUUGGUCUGCGCGAAGAGCUUGAGCAGCUCAAGGAGGAGAAUCAGAAGCUUCGAGAGCACUUGGCAGAUGCAGACAAGCGAUGCACCACUGCUGUCCACUUGCUGCAGCAGGCACAGGAAGUGCUCGAAACCAGGAUGGAUGACAUGUCGACCAUGGACUUCAAGCUGCAGAGCAUGGAAAUGGAGAAGGAGCCACCCGUUGAUUUGGAGAACGCCUCCACAGCCCAAGGCAGUCCGGAGGGAAGUGCUCAGCACUCGCCCAGCGCGAACCCAGUCCUGGGCGAGAUUCCACCUGGUCCUUUGUCAGCUUUGCCAAGCCUUUUGGCGCAGCCACGGACAGAAGUGAAGCAGAUCCCAGUCUACGCGGGGGCACUGUCUCCUCCUCCAAACCGCAUGGUAAGCUGCCCCAUCAACGUCCGCUACCAGCCCGCCCAGCUUCCUCGACAGGACGCACCGAUGCGGCUUGGGGCAACUCUGAUGGAGCCACGGUUGCAGGGAUUGGUGUUGCAUGCAGUUUGCGAUGAAGAAUUCUGUGGUUGCAGAUCAAGUAGAAACAUUUUUCGGUUCAUGUCGAUGUGUAGAGCGUCUGAGGGAUCUCCGAGCGCCGGCACCCUCUAUCCUCGCGGUGUGCCAGCAAGCAUGACCAUCCCCUCAGCACCCCGAAUGUUUCCAGUUGCUUGGAAGCAAAGCAUCUCAGAAACAGACAGGUUUGUGUGCAUUGUGGCCCUGAGCGCUUUCAUAUGA